AUGAGCUGCUUUAAGAAAAUAGUACCUGAAACUUUAAAGGAAUCUGAUCCUUUUUCUAUUAAAGUCCACGCUAUCCCUUCAAACCCUAUAAAAAAACACGUUGAACCAAUUGACGAUGACUUUUUAGAAUUUAGAAGAAUUUAUGGACACCUCUUUAAUAAAAAUUUUGGAAAAAAACCCUAUUAUCGGUAUGAACGUGCCCAGUUUCGACCUCGGAUUGAGGUAAAAACAAUUCAGUUAGAGAUGCCUAUUAUGGGUGCGGAACAAGCUGUAAUAAAACCCAACAAAGCUAUUCCAAAAACCCAUUCUUCACCCAAGCCUCAGAAGAAAAUUGAGAAAAAACUACAUCAACCAUCUUCUACCACAUCGUAUGAACUUAAAAGAAAAUUAUCACAUGCAGAGAGUUCUCUUUCAAAAGAUUCAAAAAUCAGAAUACAUCAAACUACAUCUACUUUCUUAGAUAUCACUAACCGAGAACUGGAAGUUGCUAACGAGAAAUUACGCCAUUUUAAGGAAUUGCUGGAAAGAAAACAAAUACAAGCUGAAACUCAAACUUUAAGUGAACCAAAACCUAAGAAAAAUACCCGCUUGAGUAGCAUCUCCACGCUGAGAAAAAAACUUAAAGAUCUUGAAAAACAAUUUUAUAAACGACCUCAAGUAGUUUACAAAAGUGUUAAAGAAAGAUUCACACAAUCUUCUUUAGAAACUCUUUAUAAAAAUCAAACUUUCUUCCCGGAUAAGAAAUUUGAUCAAACUCUAGAUGAAGCUAUAUCAGAAUUACAAGAUAUAGUAGAUGUUAAAAUAACAGAAGAGUUUUCUGAAAGCGGUAAUUCCGAGACUUUGAAAGAUACCAAAAUUACAUUGGACAAACCCAACAAUAAUCUAUUAAAAUCUUUAAAUUUUCCAGAUGCUUCAGUGCCGGUCGAUAAAUAUAAACUUUAUUCUAAAGAUACUCAGCCAAUUCAUUCUAAGGAUAUUUCAUUAACUUCUGAUGACACUCUUGCUAAUUUUUCUUGCAGUAACCUUGGCGUUGAAAAUAAAAAUGUAAGUACGAUUGAAACUAAAAAAAAUGCAUGGAUAAAUAAUUAUGCAAUUAACAAGCCAGGUGGAGAUCAAAAAGAAAUGGAAACAGAACAAUCAUUUUCAAAAACGGUACGGUUCGAUUUGGAUCAGCAGAUGAAAGAUUUAAACAGUGGGGCGAAGAAAUAUAACUGGUUAGAUCCAAAAAAGAGUUAUAUGGUAGAAAACAAUCACGAAUUAGGAGAUAUAGGAGAUAUUGACAAAACAGAUCAGUUUGAAAGAUCACCUCAAAGGAAUUCUUUCAAAAUCGUUCUGGACGAUUUUCAAAACAAUAACACCGAUAAUAUAUCUCAAUUAAUAGAUCUAUCAGAAAGAAAACUAAAGAAAUUUACUGACUUAAAACGAGAUAUUGUGGAUAUUAAUGGAUUUUGUGACGAACUUUGUACCAUAACGAAAUCUGAUGACGAGGAUGAAGAUGAGCUUAACCACAAGAAAGAAUUAUCAGAACUGAAAGCGCGUAUGAUUGAAGACUCUUCCAUGAUCCAAUUAAAUGAAAUCAAACAUGAUGUUAAUGAAGAAACUAUUGAAAAUAAAAAUGUAUUUGAUGACACAAACCUACAGAAUUGUGUAAUGAAAUCGUCGUACUUGAUGAAGGAAUUUAAUAUUCAACCAAAAAUAUUUACAGAGAAACAGGAUGGGUUCGCCGAUAAAAGAAAGUUUUAUCAAAUUGCGAAUAAAUGCAAGGAUAGUAAAGCUGGUGGCGUAAAAAAUCUGCUCGACAGUUUAGAAUUUGCGUUAGAAAAUUCUAUAUAUACUGUAAGCCAGUAA